ACGCGGGCAGAGCGGGCGGCUGGCGGCUGCAGCCCGAGGGCCGCCGUGGGAGGCCAGGCCGUGGGGGAGGGCGGCUGACGCGCUUUCCCCUCAGCCGCUAGGCACCGAGGGGGGCGGGAAGCCCGUGAGGCGAGGCCGGGGACGGAGGGAAAGGGGCUAGGAAGGGAGCGCGGCCGUUGUUUGGGGGGGUGUCGCCGCCGCCCGCUCCGAGGGGAGACUGUCCUGCCCGGGGGGUGGCGCGGGACAUGGCGAACUCGACUAAUACAAACCCCGUGCCUAAACUAUAUAGGUCUGUGAUAGAAGAUGUUAUCAAUGAUGUCCGAGAAGUCUUUCUGGAUGAGGGUGUUGAUGAGCAAGUCCUUGUGGAACUGAAAACGCUUUGGGAGAACAAACUGCUUCAGUCUAAAGCUGUAGAUGGAUUUCAUUCAGAAGAACAGCAACUUUUGUUGCAAGUGCAGCAACAACAGCAGCAGCAACAACAACAGCAUCAUCCUCAUCACCAUCACCCGCAACCACAGCCACAACAGACAGUGCAGCAGCAGUCCCAGACACAGCAAGUUCUUAUUCCUGCAACACAGCAAGGUACAAACACAUAUUUUAUUCACAGAAGUAAGAACAAGUGGAAGUUUCACCUCAAAGACGGCAUCAUGAAUCUUAAUGGAAGAGAUUAUGUAUUUUCCAAAGCCAUUGGAGAUGCAGAAUGGUGAAGGUUUCUCAUACAAACUCAGAGCAAAAUGAAAAAGCAGAAAAGGUUAAGACUCAGACAUACAAUUUCAGCAGGAAUGUAUUUCUGCACACCAGAGAAGAACAGUAGAACCGAGACUACUAGAACAAAGAAAUAGCAUGGCAAUUUAGACACUGCUUCAAAUGGGAAAACUGAGGCAUUGGUGCAGCUAGCUAUGCCUGAAUGCCGGUUUUGUAUGAAUACCUUAAUUAACCACUUCUACCUAUAGAUAAAGGUAACUAGCAUGUGAGGCUUAAUCUCCCUUUCCACUGACUUGAAGGAACUCUUCUUUUACGAUAAUAUGGAAAAAGCUUAGCGUGUCUUUGUGUAAACUGUGCUGAACCAUUCCAUCUGGGAGUGGAGUUGGUGAGAAUCUUGGUUAAACUGUGUGCAGGCUUCUAACCAAAUGGUAAGAACAGAAACAUUGAGUUCUAAUUACCUUGUAUGAGUAAACUAUUUUUAAAUCUCUUGUGCUGGGCCAUGCAUAACUUUACAGUUUUAGGCCUUUUAUAUAAAACUUUGAUCCCAGUACCAAAAAAAUGUCAUUUGUAUUUAAAGGCAAUUUAAUAAUUCUCAGUGUGUUGAUAAUUCAGAAGGAUGUUGUGCUUUUAAGGACCUGCAGAUGGCAACUGAGAGUCAGAUAACUGUCUCCUUGCUCUGGCAAAAGGGUUCUCUCGAGAAAAGCUGCACAAAGUGGGUCUGUGUACUGAAGAUUAGUUGAGAGUCUUUUUAAAAAAGAAUUCCUCCUGUUAAUUUGACAUAUUCCCAUUGCCAAGUGAAGGUGUGCUGCUGGGGACAAGCUCCAGGUGACUCUGCACUUUGGAAGAGGGCGUGCAGUAUUGAAAGAGCUUCCAGUUUCCUUUGACUAGUUUUUUUGCGUGGGGAGGGAAUUAUAAUUACUUGGUGAAUACAAUCACACUAGCUCUAACAAUUCUAUAAGUAAUUACUGCAAUAAAUAGCAAGACAUUGUUGGAAGGCUCUGUGACAAUGGGAAUGGGUCUUUGGAAAUCAGAUUUUCAAAAAUACAGGAUUUCUAUUGGGAUGGGGCUGAAAUUCAGCCAUGAUUGAGGAAGACGUGCUCUUCCGGGUGAUUUACCAUUACCAGGUAGAUCAAUAGUGUGCACAGAAGUUGUCUGAAAAGCAGUGAAGAGAGGCCAGGAAGAGCGAGCUAACAAAUGGGGAGUGACCAUGAAUCCUCCUAUCUAAUUUCGAAUAUUUCUGUUCUUGUGGCAAAUGUAACUUUUAACUAUUUUUACUAAAGAAAAUUGUCAGUAUGUUUAGUCAGCACUAGUUCUAUUCGUUGUCUCCCAAACUCUCUUCUUUGCAUUUCAAUUUUGAUUUUGAGUGCAUUGGUUAUUUCUGCUUGCAGGAAAUCCAUUGUACAGUGCAAUGAGCAAUUAGGUUUUUUUAUGCCCAGGGUAUUGCUAAAGCUGGCCAAAUCUGUAUAUUCUGCUGUAUAAUGACAUAUGUAAAACAUCUGAAUUUUUAUACCAUGUAAACAUCAUUGGGUUUUUGUUUUCUGGUUAUCUUCACCACCUGCUGAAACUGCAGUUCUCUUUAGCUGCAGUUUUUGCUCAGGACUUGAAGAUGUAUUUGUGCAUAAAUAGCUUGUUCCCACUGGGUAAAAGCAAGGUAGAUUUUUGAAGAAAUCAUACCACUAUGAAACAUGCGAACAUUAUGUGAUUAUAUUGAAACUAAUUUUCCCUUGCACCCUUCUGUGUUUCAUGGCCUGUUCACAGUAUACUGUAGCCUUUAAGUUUGACAGCACAGGCUUAAAACCAGUCCCUUAACACCACACUGUGAAACCCAACUACAUUGCAGUUUACUGUUUGUUACUGGAACCCAGAUACUGUACAAAUGUGUUAACAUUGUGUACAUCGUGGGCACUAAAUAGCUGCUUGUCUCUAGCCUUUUUAUUUUAUUUUAAAGGAUACUACAGCUUUAAAAGUGAGUUACAGAUAGGUCUAUAUGGAGCAGGCAUAGUGUCUUGCAAAUUACCUAUGGGUUGAUGAGGGUGUUUUAACAGGAGGACCUGUGAAAGAAAGAGAAAGCCAGUCAAACCUACCAAACCUGUGCUCUUACUUGCUUCAUCAAGUGUUCCUUUUUAAAUCAAAAGGCAUGUUUAAAUUUCAUUUUAUUGUAGCAGCUUGCUGUAAGAAUGUAGUUUGCUUACACUUAUUAUUGUACUUGAAUUUUAAUCAUGGUUUUAACAUUGUAAUUGAACAGACAAUUUUGUUAGGCUUCCAUUAAAUCAUCAUUCCUUUUGUGAGGGCAGGGGAUUCCCAUGACUAGUCCUUAAGCUUUACUUAGAUCAUUUUGUUUUGCUUAGGUCCACAAUUUGUUUAAAUUGAAAUACUGAUCAGUUAUCUCUACUUCUGAAGCAAUUAAUGGUUUGCAAGAAGGGCUUAUGUUUAGAUUUGCACAGAUAACAGGAGCACCUUUUAACUUUUAAGAUGUAUGUGUGGGGGAAAAUGGAAUGGCUUUAAUCAAGCUAAUGGAGAUUUACAGAGUAAUUGCACAAAGGUGAUUGCCUUUGCAAUCGUCAAAUAUUCCUGUUUAUGUAGACAUGACAUUCUAGGCCCAUUGGUUUCCUUUGGCAGUGGACUUCCUACAGAAUUUCAGCUGUAACUAAACAUUUUGAGGAUGUCAUUGGCUUUCUGUAUGUGCAAUCAUUUGAAGCAUCUAUAGUAAAAGUUCUCUUUUAAGGAAGGUUUUUAGCGAUACUGUCACAAAGAACUUUAUAUUGGACUAUUUAAAUUUAAUGUGUCAAAUGUUUCCCCCAACUGUUCAGUGGCAAAGAAAAUUUCUGUCUCCCUUGCAACUAUUCACAACCUGUUUUUGUCAUCAGUUGUUUCCCUGAAAAUGAAUCAUGAUUUCACAAAAAACAAAUAUUGUGGCUACCUGAUUUCUCAAGGGGAUGAAACUUGUGAUUGAAGCACAGUUGCUGGAAAAAACAAAGAACAUGCAACAUGUGAUAUAGCCAGACUUGUAGAAAUGUUGUCUUUAAUUUUAAAUAGUGUUAGCACCUCUGUGUUCAUUUCAUGCCUAUCUACAUCAAACAGCAAUAAUGUCCCCAUCAAAUUACUGUUGGGUCAAACUCUGAAGUUCCAAUGUGGGGGGGGGGGGUAGUCUUUUUUAUUUGUUCAUGCUGAAACUCCUGCUUGAAAAUUCUCUUUUGGUUUGGUUUUGCAAAAUUCAGAAAGAAAAAUAGCAAUUCAGGACAUAGUGUUGAAGUACGGCUGCCCUGCCUUAAACCAGAACUGCAUGAGAUGCUGGAUGUUCUGUGAAUAGAGCUCCCAGCUUUUUUUUUCCCUAUUAAACAAAUAAUCAAUCAGGCAUUGGAAAUAGUUCUCAUCAGCACCAUGAAGCUUCCCUUUGAACUCCCCAGGACCAUUUUAGAUAGGGAAAAUAGCAUGAUGGAGGAGGGCAUGAACCCAUUUCCCCUCCACAGCUCCAAUUAGAAUUGGACCCACACAUACCUAUUUUACCCGGCUUAAGGGGGGCUGAACACUGGCAGCUCAGUUCAUGAAAAAUCCACCAACUUGCUUAGAUCUGCCUUUAAAUGCGGUUGUAAAAUCAAAAGGCUCUAGGUAAAGUUUGACUUGAGAUUUCCACUGUUUUCCAAAACUAGACAUUUGAACCUUUUGGCUCUCCAUUCUAAAGUAGGUCAGUUAUGUUCAGAAAGCAAGGUUGGAUUCUGCACAGUCUCCAUCAAUGGAAGGAAUUUCCAGAAGUGGAGUGGGAUUUCUGCACAUAAAUUUUUCUGCUGCAACCCAUAAUGCUCCUUGAAAUGCUGUUCCUGAGAGAGGGGACAUCAAGGAACAGUGGAAUCAUAUCUACUGCAACUGGUAAAAUUUGUUAUCAGCAAGAACAUUCUGUUAGAUCCAACCCGAAACUUUUGCUGUGACAAAGGUUAUUGGCCUUGUUUUCCAAAUGUUCCUUAAUUUGUAUGCUACAAGAAAAGUGUUUUUUUUUUUAAGGAAAAAGAGUUGCAGGCUAGCCGCAUAUGAGACCAUGACAUCUUCACUUGCUCCUGUGUGCCUCGGGUACAAAUACAAUUUAGAGGGGUGGGAAAUAUGCUUAGUUGCUGUUCUGAGCUAUGAUUGUCAACUGCUGUUGUACAUAUACUGUUAUGUGUAAGGGGGUAAAUAUAUUUAUUAUGUUUGUAAAAUUCAGUCUGUACAAUUGAAGAUCAAGGAUUCUUUUCCUGGGAUGUACAGGAUGUGUUUCAAAGGCCAUGCUUGGAAUACAAUUAGAAUACUUAGUAUUUUGAUGUACUAAGACCUAUUUUAAGUUUAAUAUUUUGCCUUUGCAAAAACUUUAAUUAAAGAUGUUAUUUAAAAUAAGCUUGCCACUUUUGUUUACUAUUUUAUGUAUUAAAAUACUUUUUAUGUGUA